AUGUAAUUUGAUAACAAGGUUGUAUAACUAUCAGAUCGUCGAAUUUGUUUUAAACACCCCUCAACAAAACCCAUGAAAACCAGUGAGUCUAUCAAAUCAAAAUUGGUUCAAGUUGCGAUUAAAGCCCAAAAAUCCAGAUUUCAUUCAAAUUGGGAAGAUAAUUCAAAGCAAGAUCAAAUACCAACAUGAGGUACUGCUGCUGCCCACGAUACCAUGUUCUUCUAUGGCGGCGGAAUCCAACGGAGUACGUUCCUUUUUAGUCAACUUUAAAUCAACGACUAUGAAUAUUUCACUUGUUUACAGAAACAAUUGAAAUCUCUGCCCACUGCAAAUACAUUUAGACUACCACUAUUUCACUACUAAAUACGAUGAUGUUUUAGCCAUUAUUGUUCUUCAAUUGUUCUGUCCGAUUAUCGAGCAAAUGGCUGGAAAAUUGAUGAGAGCAGUUCAGUAUUCUAAAUAUGGUGGUGGAGCUUCUGGCUUGAAGCACGUUGAGAUUUCUGUUCCUAAACCAAAACCUGAUGAGGUAUUGAUUAAAGUUGAGGCUGCAUCUUUAAAUGCGUUUGAUUGGAAGAUUCAGAAAGGCAUAGUUCGUCCUUUCUUGCCUAGAAAAUUCCCUUAUAUACCAGGAACUGAUAUUGCAGGGGAAGUAGUCCAGGUUGGAUCAACUGCAAAGAAGUUCAAUGCUGGUGACAAGGUGGUGACCCUGUUUAGUCAUGUUGCUGGAGGCGCACUAGCUGAAUAUGUGGUGGCAAAGGAGAACCUAACGGUGACUAGACCACAAGAAGUAUCAGCAGCUGAAGGUGCAGCCAUACCUCUUGCAGCCCUUACUGCUCACCAAGCUCUCACCCAGGGUGCAGGCAUCAAGCUCGAUAAAACAGGUGAAAGAAAGAACAUAUUAGUCACAGCUGCCUCUGGAGGUGUGGGCCACUACGCAGUUCAGCUGGCGAAGCUUGGAAACACCCAUGUUACAGCCACGUGUGGGACCCGCAACCUAAACUUGGUCAAGGAGUUAGGUGCAGAUGAGGUUGUCGACUACAAGACCCCGGAAGGUGCAUCGCUUCAAAGUCCAUCAGGAAAGAAAUAUGAUUAUGUAAUCCAUUGUGCUAUGGGCAUCUCUUGGUCUACAUUUGAGCCUAAUUUGAGUGCAAAUGGUAAGGUGAUUGACUUGACGCCCGGCUUAGGUGCCUUCAUGACGGCCGCAAAGCAGAGGCUAACAUUCUCCAAGAAGCAGCUGCUGCCUAUGUUUCUUACUUCUAAGACAGAGAACCUUGAAUUUGUGCUGAAUUUGGCUAAGGAAGGGAAACUUAAAACAGUUGUAGACUCGAGGCAUCCCCUAAGUAAAGCUGAAGAUGCUUGGGCUAUCGUUAUGAGUGGACAUGCUACAGGCAAGAUUAUAAUUGAGCCUUGAAUAAAAAAUAUAUGUUGAUGGACUAGAAAAAUAUGUAUUGAUAUUAUUUGCACAUUUUCGCUUCAGCAUUUUUUUUUGCCGGAUAUACAUAUCAGAUUUGUUCAUUUUUGUUAUACAUAUGGUCUAUGUUUUCUGUAAAAAGUGAUACAUUCUCUUUUUUUCAGGUGUGAAUUAGUUUAGUGUAUAUAUUUUAAAUUAAUAGGAGAUUGUAUUAUUAUAAUGUAAUUAUAAAUUUUUCAGUUAUUUUGGUGUUA